CCUGGCAGACCCCGCCGAAACUAGGAGAGCAACCCUGGACCCAAUCUCCCGCCGAAGAGCCUCUCCCAUCCACUCAGACCAGGAGGUGGCUUUCUUGGGGCUCAGGAUGCAAAGGUGGAGGCUGUGGGCUGCAGCCUCCCUGACCCUUCUCUCUACACAGGCCUUUCCACAGACAGACAUCAGUAUCAGUCCUGCCCUGCCAGAGUUGCCCCAGGUUUCCCUGUGCCCGCUGUUCUGGAUGGAGUUCAAAGGCCACUGCUAUCGUUUCUUCCCUCUCAAUAAGACCUGGGCUGAGGCUGACCUCUACUGUUCUGAGUUCUCUGUGGGCAGGAAGUCCGCCAAGCUGGCCUCCAUCCACAGCUGGGAAGAGAAUGUCUUUGUAUAUGACCUGGUGAACAGCUGUGUUCCUGGCAUCCCAGCUGACAUCUGGACAGGCCUCCAUGAUCACAGACAGGAAGGGCAGUUUGAAUGGACUGACGGCUCAUCCUACGACUACAGCUACUGGGAUGGGAGUCAGCCAGACGACGGCAUCCAUGCGGACCCAGAGGAGGAGGACUGCGUGCAGAUAUGGUACCGGCCCACCAGCGCUCUGAGGUCGUGGAAUGACAACACCUGCAGCCAGAAGUUCCCCUUUGUCUGCAAGGUCCCAUCCCUAACCAGUCAUUGA